UGAAGGAAGAGCAGCGGAAUCAGGUCCACUUCCUGCACACACAGUGCAAGUAGCAGGCACACACUCUGCCCCUCCUGCCAUGGAUCUGGAUGCCAUCCUAGACAAGCUGGAGACUGGAGAGCAGGAGCUGGUGCAGAAAGCACUGAUCGAGUAUAACAAGGAGAAUUCUCAAUGUUUCUUCUUCAAUUCGGAGCAGAGAGAGCAGAGAAAGAAACUCGGAGAAGUGGUGAUCAAGUUCCUAGAGCGCGAUCUGCAGCCUUCCUGCCAAUUAGUCUGUCUAGAAACCAUACGCAUCCUUUCUCGAGACAAAUAUGGAUUAGCCCCUUUCACCAGCCGCUCUGCAAUGCAAAUCUUGGCCAGAUAUGCAGGUCUGGACUACUCUGAUGAGAUGGAGGUGUCUUGUAUCCCAGAUAGCGAGAGUGCAGUCGAAGCUCUGAAGGGCCUCUGUAAUAUUGUUUACAACAGUGUUGAAGCCCAAGAAGUGGCCACUGAGUUGCGUCUGGUGUGUGGCUUGGCUCGUCGCCUCAAGCUCUACAAUGAAACCAGGUCAUCUCAUGAGAGCAAGUUCUUCGACCUUCGCUUGCUCUUUCUUCUCACAGCUCUCAGAGUGGAUGUACGGAGGCAGCUAGCCCGAGAGUUGAGAGGGGUCAGUCUUCUGACUGACGCUUUGGAAAGCACACUGGCUUUGAAAUGGUCUGACAUCUACGAGGUGGUAACAGAUCAUCUAGCGCCACCUUUAGGCAAAGAAGAAACUGAAAGAGUGAUGGAAAUCCUAAAGACCCUCUUUAACAUUACGUUUGAUAUCAGCCGAAGGGAAGUCGAUGAGGAAGAUGCAGCUCUCUACCGCCAUCUGGCUGCUAUUCUUAGGCACUGCUUACUCCGACAAAGUGACGGAGAAGACAGGACAGAGGAAUUCCAUGGACACACGGUGAAUCUUCUGGUCAAUCUGCCUCUGAUGUGUCUUGAUGUUCUGCUGACUCCUAAGGUUGAACUUGGCUCUGUGGAGUACAUGGGAAUGAAUAUGGAUACUGUGGAGGUUCUGCUUCAGUUCCUGGACAGGAGGUUGGACAGGGGCCACAAGUUACGAGAGACUCUGACUCCUGUUUUGAACCUCCUUACUGAAAGUUCACGUGUCCAUCGAGAGACUCGAAAGUUUCUCCGAGCUAAGGUGUUACCACCUUUGAGAGAUGUAAAGAACCGCCCGGAGGUUGGAAAUACCCUGCGCAAUAAGCUAGUCCGCCUGAUGACCCACGUAGACACAGAUGUAAAACAUUGUGCAGCAGAGUUCCUAUUUGUCCUUUGUAAAGAAAACGUAUCUCGUUUUGUGAAAUACACUGGAUACGGUAAUGCAGCUGGCCUACUUGCUGCCCGGGGAUUGCUGGCAGGCGGACGCGGAGAAGGGCGAUACUCUGAGGAUGAAGACACAGAUACAGAGGAAUACAGAGAAGCUAAACCAAACAUUAACCCUGUGACCGGACGUGUAGAAGAGAAGCAGCCCAAUCCUAUGGACGGGAUGACAGACGAGCAGAAAGAGUACGAGGCUAUGAAACUGGUCAGCAUGUUUGACAAGUUAUCUCGAGAGCAAAUCAUCCAACCCAUGGGAGUAACAUCUGAUGGAAGGCUGGAGCCUUUAGAUGAAGCUGCACAAAAGAUGCUACAACAACAAGAAUCUUCUGAUCUGGAGACUGAUUCAGACUAAAAGUCUUCACAAGCUAUAAGCACAUAGAAGUCGGAGCAGAAACCGAGCCCGAGAAUGAGAGACUGCGAUCAGCUCUAUAGGCACCAUAAACGACAUGGGAAACUAAAUGUAGAUUACUGUAGAUGUAUCUUUAAGACCUUGGCGGUAGACCAGACACUGGGGUGUUAUAUUGUAUAAUAUGACCCUACCUAGGAGCACCUUCAGCCGCUAAGGACAUAGAAAUGUAAAAUGCCUACUGUUUCCUGAAGACCUUGGCACGGAGUGCUAGCUGCUCUGCUUGGGUAGAUGUCCUGUCAGGCAUGUGAGCUUUGUCAACUGUUUUAGAGAGUUGGAGGUAAACAUAUUUUUACCACUAGAGGGCAGUACUUGUUAGACAAACUGCCAACAGAGGGCGACUGUUUUAAUAUUAGAUGUCAGUAGAUCGAAGCAAAGAACUUAAAGACUGCAAGAAUCUUGAUCAACCUAAAAAAGUGAUCCCCAAGAAUCCUGGAAGUCAUUUUCCAAAGACAAGACGAUGCUUUUAGAUUCAGUGGUUCAGGCUAUACUGAAGCAUAGUGUAAACAAUGUAUUAAAAGCUUUCAGUCAGUCCCCCAUACAGUCACAGUAGUUACAAACUUAAGAGGAGGUGGGAUUCAGUUCCUUUAACAACAUAGUGAUGAGCAGAUGUGAAGAAAAACAUAUAUAAACCGAAAACCUAUAUAGCCAUGUAUGUCUCAAGUCAGUGUGACAAAGCUGCUAUAGACGAAGGUGAAGAAUUUCCUUAUCAUGAUGGAUGUACGUUCAGGAAUUUCAAUAUUUAAUGUGCGUGAAAGGUUCGCAUUGUUAUCUGGUAUAUUACAAAGAGAACCCUCAAGAGUGAACAGAUUAGAAACACAGAUUAAAACCUGUAGUGAAUUAUCAAUGAUCUAUUUUAUAAAAUCGCCAAAUAUUUCA